AUGACAAAUUCAAUAGUUGUUAAUAGUAUCUCUGGUACUAGUAACGUCAAUAAGAUAUCCAAUACAUCAAUUGCUUUUAAUGAUAUAUCAAAGAAAGUUUUAAGAGCUAAUUAUCCUUCAAAAAUAAAUAAUUCACCACCAAGUCUAGAACAAAUUUUAGAAGUGAUUUUAUCAACAAAUUUCAAUACAAAUAAUACUUUUACUGAAGAUUUGUUAGAACUUUUAAUUACUGGUUGCCAAACGGUUAGUCCUUCUGAUGAAGCUUUGGCUACAAAGUUCGGACAAUCCCCUUUAGAAAUUAUACUUUCAUUUUUAAUCAAAUCUUUUACUAAUGCUACUCAACCUGUUUAUAUCGUCGGCAUAUUGAGAGCAAUGAGUCGGGUUUUAUAUGAGAACGGGCAGGAAUGCAAAAAGUUACAUGAUCAGCUGUUGUAUAUUCUUUUACCACUUGUUAAAGAAGAUAAUAAAAACCUUGAUAUCAGACGAAUGGCGAUAAAUUGUUUAGGAAAUUUAUGCUAUCGUACGGGAAAUAAAUUUCAAGGAAAAUACAAAAAUGUUUAUGAAUUACUUCUGGCUAGUCUAAAUUUACCAAACCCCUCCGACGAUGAAUCAGCUUAUCUCAAGACUAUAAGCAGCACACUGAGGGCUCUACAAUUUAUUGUGUUAGAAGAUAAAAGUGUUUUAUCGGAACCUUUUGGUUCAACGAUUGAAAUAAUCAAGAAAUAUGUCUUCUAUAAUGUUGAUGAUAUUAAGAAACUUCAAGCAGAAAUAGAUCAAUCUCGAAUAACAGCAGGUAAUAGUGUAUGCAAUUCUAGUCCAUCGACACAAAAACAUUUAAGAAGGCAUAGUAGAAUGAAGUCUAUUAGUCGUUCAGUUUUGAGUUCCGAUUCAGAAAUAUCUGAUGGAGAACACACACAGUCUAUUUAUAAAAGAGAUGAAGAUUCUCGAAUUCGAGCAAACGCGCUGGGAUAUUUGCAGAGCAUUGCAAAAGUGUCAUCAAAGUUGUUGUAUCAACAUUGGAGUACUUUCCUUCCUUAUACUGAAACUUCUGAAACUUCUCCUCCAACAUUACUUACUAUAAUUACUUGUGAACCUAUGCUUACAGUUCGUAUAAGUGCUUGUUCUGUAAUCAAUACAAUGAUUGAUGGUUCUAGGCAAUAUUUAGCUGCUGCUGAUGAUCGAGAAAUUAAAACUUCUUUCACUUCAUUAUCUGCGAAAUUGGGUACGAUUGUACGAGAACUUCAUGCUGGAUUACUUCAAGUUAUUUCGAGAGAAGAUCAUAAUCUUGUUUUAACCCAGUUAUUAAAGUGCUGCAAUGUUUUGGCGAGCAAUAUGGCAUAUGAUAGGUUAUCAUCAGGAUAUCUAUCUCGUUUAUAUUACACAACUGCGAAUUUCUUGGUACAUAAUGAAAAUGCUGUCAGGCUUGCAACCAUGACUUUGAUAUCUACAAUUAUGGAUUGUAAAACAUGUAUCAAAGAGGUGGAUAAAUUGUUAUUAGCUGAAAUUAUUAAUAGCGUUUCAGAAAAUAUUCCCAGGUCGUCAUUUUUCCAAAAUUAUGAUGAAAUGAGUCUUUUAUAUUAUUUAGUGUUGGUGAUCGGAAGUAAAGACCAAUCACCUGCAAUGAAAAUUGAAGCAUGGGGAGUUUUAUGUGCUUGUACGAGAACUCAUUUUAACAUAGUCAGUCCAGCUUGGAAACAUAUUAAUCCUUUGAUUGUCAAUGAUCUUGCUUGUGAAGAUGAAAAAAUUAGAACAGCUGCAAUGACUUUUUUGAUUGAAUAUGCUAAAGAACAAGCAGUAGCUUUGGAUGGAAGUAAUAAAAACAUUGAUGAGGACGUUAUGGUUAAACGCGUUCAGAAAGCAGUUACUUCAGAAGUAUUUCAAUGGUGGAUUUCCAUAUUUGAUCAACAUAUUCAAAGUGCCACAAUUGAUAAAUGUCAUGCCGUUAGAGCUUUAACGUGUGACUUGAUAUCACACAUUCCAUCUGACGUGUUCUCGGAAAUAUCCGUAGAGAAGAGGAAGUAUUGUAUUAAAAUAUUAUUGGGAUUUUCUAAAGAUGAAAGUCCAAAUGUUAGGGCAGCUGCAUGUAGAGGACUUGGUGUUUACAUAUUAUUUCCUUGUUUACAACAGGACACAAAAUUUGCUUCAGAUAUGGCACUUUCGGUUAUUCAACAAAUGUCAGAUCAAAAUAUUUUGGUCAGAACUAGAAGUAGUUGGGCGUUAGGAAAUUUGUGGAUAUCAAAUAAGAAUACAAAUUUAACCGAAUUCUUGAUUAAUGUUAUGUGGGCAAGAAUAGUAAAGGCAGGAUUAGCAGCUUCAAAUGAUAAUGAAAAAGUAAGACCUAAUGGAGUCAGAAUGUUAGGUAGCAUAAUUCACGUUAGUCCAACAAAUUUCUUGGAGAGGGAAGAAAGGGGAUUAAUAAAAGAUGUUGUUAUGAUUUUAAUUAAGAACUUUGAAACAGGAACUUUGAAAGUUCGAUGGAAUGCGUGUUAUGCGGCAGCAAAUAUGUUGCGUAAUCCAAAUUUUCCUAUAGGAUUAAGAUCCAAUAAUUGGUCAAUACCAUUAUAUGAAUCAUUAAUAAAAGUAGUACAAACAUCAAAGAAUUUCAAAGUUCGUAUCAAUGCGUGCUUAGCAUUAUCAACACCAACGACUCGUGCUAAGUACGGCGGAGAUACUAUAAUGUUAAGUAAAAUAUUACAUGCCGUUGUAACUUCAUUAGAAAAAAUUGAUAAUUUGACGGGUACUGGAUUUAGCGAAGUUAAAUAUCAAGAACAAUUAAGAAAUCAGUUGUUGAAUACUUAUCAUCAUUUAAUAAAUAUUUCUUCCGUAAGUGAUAAAGAUUUUAUUGAGUCUUAUAUUCAAAGAGUUAAUGCAUGGAAAGAAAAUCGACCGGAAUAUUUAGAUGAAUAA